GAAGUCGAUGUCCAGAAGUAUGGCUGUCAUGUAUGUAAAUCAGUGUUCAGCCGAGGAUCAAAGUUAACAGUCCACCUGAAGAAACGCCACAAAUUCCGAUGGCCCUCUGGUCAUUCUAGGUUCAGAUACAAGUUACAUGACGAUGGGUAUUGGAGGCUACAGACCGUUCGUUACGAGAGUAUACAACUCACAGAACAAGUAACAGAUGAUUCGACAACAGAAACCAAACAGCCAUCUUCAUCCACAGAUUCUCAGUCCUCACAUGCAGCGGGGUCUGCCGAGCAGGAACAAGCAGAACCUGUCGCCAUGGAAACAGAAGAUACAGACACAGAUACAGGUGAUAAAACCUAUGAGGUUUCCAUGGUAACUGUUGCUGGGAAUUCUCAGUCAAAGAAAGAAGGGGAAGACUCCAUUACAUGUAUUGCUCUGCCUGUUAAUGUUAACGAUUCUAAAUCUACAGAUGGUGAUUCACCGGCGGUUGCUACGGUAACUGAUAUAAGAAUUAUAUCUGGAGAUUAUGCUGUAUUGUCAAACACUUCAGUCUCCUCACCAAUACAGCCUCUCUCUGAAACUGGAUGUGCCAUAAACAUUCCUCCAGGGGACAAAACUCUGGACAAAAUGCAGGAUGUGAAAGUUAGCUAUAACAAAGGUCAGGAGAACAAUCAGUCUUAUAAUCUGGAAAUGCUUGGCUAUGUUGCCAUGCAUGCGACAAACCAAACCACAGAACAAGGGUCGUCACAGUCCAGUUCUGAAGGAGAAGUACAGUCCAGCCCAGGCAAACCAGGCUGCUAUAAAACUCUGAAGAGUCAGGAUCUGUGAACUGUACACAAUGGAGUUUAGUCCAGUACUUGUCUGAGAGGUGUCUGCAGGACUCAGAAAAUUGUAGUCCGGUUAUUGUAUAGAAAGAAACCUACAACAAGACACAAAAGGGAAUCUAUGCUCAGAAUGUGUGACAAUGUGAUGAUUACAGAAUGUGUGACGGUGUAAUGAUUAAAGAUGUUGUAUCAACCCUGGUCAAUAUUCCACAGGUGUUGCUGAUUGAUGAUCAAAAUAUUAGCCCAACUUGAAAAAUAUAUUUAUAAGUGCCGAAGUGAUGACUGAUGUGGAGUGAAUGUUUUGCGGGGUGAUAAUACUGAUGGAAAAUGCUUGAUUUGUUUAAACAUUUAUUUGUAAUUCCAUGCUGGAAACUUUGGGUAAAUCAUCUGAUAAAUGUAGCUCAGAUUGAUUUGUUUGUUUGUAUAGUUUAAUUUAUCUGAUAAAACUGACAGAUAUUGAAAGAUUUGUUUUACAUUUAUUGAACCCAUGUUGGAAACUUAAGGUAUGUCACAUGUUAAACCACUGGGUAAAUAUCCUAGAUAUCAAUGGUUCCAAGUUAAAAAGAUGUUUUAUGUGUAUUUAUCCUAACCUCAACAGGGAUAUCCGCAGUUAGGGAAAAGACAAGCUACAUGUGCUCUGUUCACAUUCUCAACAAUUGUAUUUCAUUACGUCAACAAUACCAAGAUGGCACAGCAACAUUUCCUUGUAUUGAUGUAACGUCAAUAUUAGAUACAUAAGAGGGUAAACAGGGUAAGAGAAAAAUAAUCAUUCACCCCCAUGGAAGUGAGACAUGUGAAUCUCAACCCUCAGGGUAAGAUCAUUAAGCUGCAAGCCUCGUGUUUGGCAACUUAAGAAUCUUCCCCUCGGGUUGAGAUUCCCCUGUCUCACCCCCAAGGGGGUGAAAGAUUCUAUUAUUCUCCUACCCUCAACAGGGAUAUCCACAAUUUUACGGAUGAGAUUUCCUUAUCUCGCCCUAUAGUUAAGACAAGUUCCACAUGGUCUUUGCACCUUCCUAACAAUUGUGAUUGUAUGAUGUAGCAGCAAUAAUACUAUGAUGUCACAUGUACAUCAACAGUAGUUUGACGUCAUGUCUACAAUUCAUUCAUGUUAAGUUAAAGAAUUGGUCCAAAAUCCCAAGAUGGCCACCAUGACAGCCAUCUUUAAAAACACUUACUAACUUCUUCUCCAGUUCCAUUGGUACCAUUGGGCUAGAAAUUGGUGAGGAUGUUAGGAGGGGAGCCAACAGAGUGCUGUUAUCAUCAGCCUUGUAAAACCUAUGACAUGGCUGACAAAGUGGCCAUUUUCUAACAUGAUUGCGCAAUUAUGGUUUUCCUGAACAAGUUCAACACCUAUUUUAAAGUUCUUUUUCACGUUCCACCAGUGGGAUUCAGCUCUCUCUUACCUGAAAUGAUCCUGAGAUAUUCCUGACCAUUUUUUGGGUUGGUCAGAAAUCUAAUAUGGCCAACAUUGCCAUUAUACUUUCUACUGAGUAUGUAUACUACAAUAGUAUGAGGGUCUUAAGAGUCAGAUGACCGUUAAGGCCCAUGGUCUUCUUGUCUUGCAUUGAUGUAACGUCAAUGUUAGAUAUUGGGGUAAACAGGUUGGAGAAUAACAAUCAUUCAUCCCCUUGGGAGUGAGAAUCUCAUCCCUUGGGUAAGAUACUUAAACUACUAAACAUUUGGCAAGCCUCGUGUUUGGCAACGAAUCCUCCCAUGCUCGUUGAGAUUCCCUCGUCUCGCCCCUAAGUGGUGAAAGACUCUAUUAGUCCAUGGAAUUUCUUUGAAACUUCAGCACUGGCCCAUUAUUGUUACAAAAUGUUAUAUUAGUAUAUGUCGCAGUCCAGGGGAGAUAAUUUCAUAUUUCAGCUGAUGUUCGAUCAAUCUUUACAUUUGAGUUACUGACAAAGGGAGGUACCUUUUCCAUUGCAAGAAGAGAUGCUAUUUAGGAAGAAAAUAACCCUAAACUUUAGCUGCUACGUACAAAAUAAUAAAUUCCCUAGUAAUGAAAUUUCAACAAGGGGGGCCAGGUUAAUUUGUAAAAAAAAAAAAAAAAAUGUCACAGACAAGGGGAGGUAGCUUCGAAAGUAUUUUAACCUAUUACAGAUAAAGGAGAGCAUGCUAAGUUGGCAAAAUUUGUGCCCAAACACAUGAAGGGAGGUAACUUCACGUGUAUUUGAGCUUUACAACCCUCUAAGCUGGUCUACAUAUCUUAUUAAAUAUAAUGAUCAGCAGAAUUAUGUCAGUAAUUCACAGUCAAUUUUAAAAUGUCGCCCAAAAUUUUUAGGAUUAAUACCAUAUUAAGGUUUAAAUCAUAUUACUUAUUUUUUCAUCAAAUGGACUUUUCUGAAUUAACAUCAAUUAGUACAGUGGUGUUAAUUUUACUAACGGAUCCUAUUUUUAACUGUAUGUUAAAAAUCUUAAUGGGGCAAUUUAAGAUGUGUAAUCAGCUUAAAUAUUUCCUGAACAUUUGGCCUCAGUUGAACAUUUCCUGAACAUUUGGCCUCAGUUGAACAUUUCCUGAACAUUUGGCCUCAGUUGAACAUUUCCUGAACAUUUGGCCUCUGUUGAACAUUUCCUGAACAUUUGGCCUCUUUUUCCAACCGGUAAAUUUGUGUAACAUGUUUUAUUACAGUUGUCUGUUGAUGUUAACAAAUGAUGAACUUACAUGUGAUAUAAUAUGGAAUAUAAAUACUACGUGUUGGAAUAAAUAAGUUAUCAUAGACAA